UUGCAAGUUGUUUGCUGGAUUACCCACAUCUGUAAUUAACUGGCCUUAACAAGUCUAAUAUCAAUUGAAACACAAGCAUAGAAUAAGCAACAGCUUGAACUCUAGCUUUGCUAUAGUCUUGAAAGCAAGUCACUGGAGAAAAGCUAGCAAAUGGGGUCAGUGGGAAAAGAAAGCAUCAAUGAGGCUCAACCAAGGAGUUAUUGGAGAUGGAGCAAAAAAGACUUCUUUCCUGAAGAAUCCUUCCAGAGCUGGAGUAACUACAGGUCUGCCUUAUCACAGACUGGUAUUCGAUUCAAGGACCGUGUUGUAGGUCGGUCUGAUGAUGCUAAUGAAGUUGGGGAGGUCAGGAAAGAAAGUGAGAAUGACAUGAAAAAAUGCCUGAGUUGGUGGGAUCUCAUCUGGUUUGGAUUUGGCUCAGUUAUUGGAGCUGGCAUCUUUGUACUCACUGGCCAGGAAGCUCAUAAGCAUGCCGGGCCAGCUAUUGUGUUAUCCUAUGUUGCUUCAGGCAUUUCUGCAAUGCUCUCGGUCUUUUGCUACACAGAAUUUGCAGUGGAAAUUCCAGUUGCUGGAGGGUCAUUUGCUUACCUCAGAGUAGAACUAGGCGAUUUUGCAGCCUUCAUAGCAGCAGGAAAUAUACUUCUUGAGUGCAUGGUUGGAAAUGCAGCAGUAGCAAGAGCUUGGACUUCAUACUUUACAACCCUCCUUAAUCGCCAUCCCAAUUCAUUGCGAAUCCAUACAAAUCUUGCUGACGGAUAUAACCUGUUAGAUCCAAUUGCAGUUGUAGUUCUCGUAGUUGCCAGUACUAUUGCCAUGACCAGCACAAAGAAGACUUCAUACUUCAAUUGGAUUGCAUCUGCAAUCAACAACAUUGUAAUUAUAUUUGUUAUAAUAGCAGGAUUUGCUCAUGCAGAUACCACCAAUCUGUCCCCCUUUUUGCCCCAUGGUGCUGAAGGGGUCUUCCAAGCGGCAGCAAUUGUAUAUUUUGCAUAUGGAGGAUUUGACAACAUAGCAACUAUGGCUGAAGAGACGAGAAAUCCAUCAAGAGAUAUACCACUAGGAUUGCUUGGAUCAAUGUCACUGAUCACAGUGAUAUACUGUCUGAUGGCACUUUCACUUAGUAUGAUGCAGAAGUAUACAGAUAUUGACCCAAAUGCUGCCUACUCAGUUGCAUUUCAGAGUGUGGGUAUGAACUGGGCAAAGUAUCUGGUUGCUCUGGGAGCUCUCAAGGGAAUGACCACUGUUUUAUUGGUAGGUGCACUUGGACAAGGACGAUACAUUACUCACAUCGCGCGAGCACAUAUGAUUCCUCCAUGGUUUUCACUUGUCCAUCCGGUGACAGGAACUCCUAUAUAUGCUACUCUUUUGAUCACCAUUUCUGGUUCCUGUAUCGCUUUCUUUUCAGGCUUAGGUGUCCUGUCAAGUCUCUUAUCGGUUAGCACCCUAUUUAUCUUCAUGAUGAUGUCUGUUGCCCUUCUUGUGAGAAGGUACUAUGCUAGAGGAAUAACUCCUCAGAGGGAUGCCUUGAAGCUGAUGAUCUUCUUACUUCUUAUCAUUGCUUCCUCCAUGGGAACUUCUGCUUACUGGGGCUUAAAUCCAAAAGGGUGGCUGGGUUACACUAUAACAAUUCCUCUUUGGUUUUUUGCGACUCUGGGGAUUUCAGUUUUCUUGCCACAGCAGAGAGCACCAAAGGUCUGGGGUGUUCCACUUGUUCCGUGGCUGCCAUCCUUAUCCAUUGCUACAAAUUUGUUUCUCAUGGGAUCUUUAGGUGCUGAGGCUUUCAUGAGGUUUGGAAUAUGUACAGUGGUAAUGCUGAUUUAUUAUGUCUUUGUUGGUUUACAUGCUACUUAUGACUUGGCUCAUCAAAAAUCCUCGAAGACUGUUGAUGAAGAAGAUACAGGAAAUCCCAACCCCUAGAUUAAAUUAACUUUUAUACAGUCUCAUUAUUGUUAUCCAGUUCUACAUACACUCAGAAAAUAUACGAGUGUACGUUCCAAGAAUGUCUGUCAACGCGAAUGAUCUUAUUACUUGAGGAAAAGAAUAUGCUGUUCUGCCCAAAUAAUCACCAUCGAUUGUCUGAAACAAUUGUGCUUGACAAUUGUUCAGACCCUUUGUUGCAGUGGUUAUGCAAUGCAAGGUUCAGGAUGAAGUAUCCUUAGAAAUGUAAAAGGCAGAUAUGGUAUCCAUUUCUUGUUUCCUGGUUGUGUAAAGUUGCUGCUGAUUUGGUUGUGAAUUGCCAGAUGCAUAUAUUAAUCUUUCCCCUUCAUGCUCAAA